UGUACCUACAAGAGGUUGCUCCUUUUUACUUAUCUGGGUCUGAUUCUAGGACCGAAAUCAUGUUCAGGAUACAUGACUGCACAUUUUCAGCGCCUUUUUAAAUUUUUUUACUCCACUACCCUCUAGCUCUAGUGCGUACAGGGAGGAUGCCGACGUUGUAGCCCCUACGGAAUUACAAAUUAACGAGAGCCUGGUGCAGAGUUAACUAAUGAGUCCCAUUGUUGAAACUAACAUGCAAGGACUUGUGGCCUGGCAAGUCUUGAUUAAAAAUGGAAAAGUUGUGACCGAGUAAUUUUUCACUUUUACCUAAACAUGACCGACUGAUGGAUAGAUCUAAUUGUUUUUCUUUUAGAAAAGGAGGAUAGCCCCUGGCCUCUGCAUCAUAGUGAUGCAUACAGCUAUAAAAGAAGUUCUGACUAAAAGAGAGCAGCUCCCAUUAUCCAUCUAAACAUGCAUGGCCUAAGAGUCUGAUGCCUGCGACUCAGAUCCAUUUCAAAUCCGUCAUCUUUGGUCAUGACUUGGAUGGGUACUCACAUGCCUCUCGUGAGUCCCGAUUCCUGAGAACUGACGACGUGCAGCCAAGCCCGCAUAGUGGAUCGAUAAAUAGUCAAACUCUGUGUUCAUUAGAUGUAUAUAUUCUGUUCAGUGUUGCAGCUGGCGGACAGCUAUUAGCAUUUUCACUAAAUUUAAAUUUCAAGCUGUAAUGGGUUGUUGAUGGUGGAGUAAGGAGGUCACAUGCAGCUGGCUUGGUUCAUGCAAUUGAAUUUGGCGAGUGAGAUUGUUCUUGCGUCUGUACAGCUAGCGUCCAUACUUUAUAGAAAUACAAAUUAACAAUUGAUCCUUGCACGAGAGGGUGAUGAGGCUUCGCUGUAUCUUGGAACGAGAGCCUGCUGCAGAAAUAACUAAUGAGUUCUGCUGCUAAAACUAAUUAAUAUGCGAAGACUUGAAGCCUGCCAAGUAGUCUUGAUAAAAAAUGGAAGUUGUGAAAUGAUCGAGGUUGCUGACUAAACUUCUAUCUAUCUAAACAGGACCUCAGAGCCUGAGACCUGCAUCUCAGAUCCAUCCACAAGCAAACACUCACCGGAGAGGGAGAUAGACGGAAGCUCGAUUUGUGCCGAUGGAGGCGACGGCGCUGAGCAUUGGCAAAUCAGUGCUAAAUGGAGCUAUUUGGUACGCCAAAUCCGCCAUCGUGGAGGAGGUAGCUCUGCAGUACGGAGUCCAUCGCAACAAGGCCUUCAUCACAGAUGAGCUGGAGAUGAUGCAGUCUUUCUUGAUGGUGGCACACGAUGAGCGAGAUGAGCACAAUAAGGUGGUGAGGACCUGGGUGAAGCAGGUCCGUGACGUGGCCUAUGAUGUCGAGGAUGGCCUCCAGGACUUUGUCCUCCGCGUCCAUGGGAAAUCCUGGUGGCGCAUCCCUCGCACGUUCCUCGAUCGGCGCCAUGUCGCCAAUCAGAUGAAGGAGCUGCGUGCCAAGGUCAAGGACGUGAGCCAGAGGAACGUGCGGUACCACCUCAUCAACUGUGCCUCCAAAGCUUCUGACCUCUCCAUCACCACUGCUGCAGCCAUGUUUGGUAUCGAUGAAGCAGGAACUCAUGCCACAAGUCAGCAUGAAUCAGGAUCAAGAUUGGAUCUUACUCAGCUGAUUGUCAACAACAAGAAAGGCUUGGGCUCAGACCAAACUGGAGUUAUUGGAGUGUGGGGAACAAGCGGCACCCUCGGGCAUACCUCCAUCAUCUGGGAGGCCUAUGAGAAUACAAACAUCAAACUCAACUUCCCAUGCCGGGCCUGGGUCAGGGUGACGCACCCUUUCAAUCGCAAAGAGUUUGUUGAGAGUAUAGUGGAACAAUUUCGAGGAACCUCUGCAGGGGUGGUUGAAUUUCUUCUGGAGCCAGAGGCAAAGAAGACGACGCACGAGUUGGCUCAUGAGUACAACGGAUAUGUCAGCAAGAAUAGAUACCUGAUUGUGCUUACUGAACUAUCCACCAUUGAAGAAUGGCAUCGAAUAAAAACUUGCUUCCCAGAAAACAAACUGGGAAGCCGAAUCAUAGUGUCCACAGAGCAUGUUGAAGUUGCAAGUUUAUGCCCGGGCCAGGAAAGUAUUGCAUCGGGGCUCAAGCAAUUGUCUGCUGAACAGACUAUCUAUGCUUUCUACCAGCAGAGGUCCCAAGAUGUUACAUAUUCAUGGAAGCCAACAUCUAGCUCAAUACUACCCUGCACUGCUGAGAAUGAGAUACAAGAAGAACAAUCUAAUGAUAAUACUGAUGGAAAGAUGAUAGUACAAAAUAUGCCCACACGCAUCAACAUGAUGCCAUGUACUUUUGAGGAUUUUCAGCUUAUUGGGCGGGAGAAAGAAAAGUCUGAUAUUAUUGGAUUAAUUCGAAAACACGCUUGUACUCAAAAACUUCAGGUGAUCGCGCUCUGGGGAAUGGGUGGUAUUGGAAAAACCACUCUAAUCAAAGAUGUAUACCAGAGACAAGAGGUUAGCGACAUGUUUGAGAAACAUGCUUUUGUCACAGUUUUGCGACCUUUCAAGCUUGAGGAGCUCCUUAGAAGCUUAGCAUGUCAGUUCGAAGCAAAGAAGACCGGCAUGGACUUUGCAGGCGAUAGCGAAAAAGAUAUUGCUUUGAUGGGAGUUGCAAAGUUGACUGAACUGUUGGGCAGACGUUCACAAGGAAAAAAGUGUCUGAUGAUUCUCGAUGACCUAUCAUCGGUCAUGGAAUGGGAUAAAUUGAUGCCGAGUUUACUUGCAAUGAAAAAUCCAAGCUUGGUUAUUGUGAUCACAACAAGGCGAGAGGAUAUUGCUAAACAUUGUUGCCAGAAACCAGAGUACAUGCAAGAAGCAGAGUGCAUACGCUCGCUCAGUGGUCUACAAGACAAACAUGCAUGUGACCUCUUCAUAAAUAAGGUAUUUAAGAAUAAAUCCACAGAUUUGGCCAAGCACUAUCCAGAAUUGGUUGAACCCGCCAAGCUCAUCCUAAGGAAGUGCAAUGGACUUCCUCUUGCUAUAGUCACUAUAGGUGGUUUCUUGGCGGACCAACCAACAAAAACUGCUGCGGAGUGGAGGAAAUUAAAUGAGCAUAUCAGUGUUGAGCUAGAGAUGAAUCCAAAGCUUGAGGUCAUAAAAACAGUCCUUAUGAAAAGUUAUGAUGGCUUACCCUAUUACCUCAAGUCUUGUUUUUUGUACAUGUCCAUCUUUUCCGAAGACCGCAAUGUUAGCCGGCGACGAUUGGUGUACCGAUGGAUCGCAGAAGGUUACUCGCAGGAUAGAUCCGGAGCGGAUAGAUACUUCAUGGAACUCAUAGAGAGAAGCAUGAUAUUACCAACUCAGCAAUCAGUUUACAGCAUACAAGGAUUUGACUCCUGCCAGCUACAUGAUCUGAUCCGUGAUAUCAGCAUUGCCAAGUCAGUGGAGGAAAAUCUUGUUUUCAGGCUGGAGGAAGGUUGUAGCUCGAACACUCAUGGUGCGGUGCGUCACCUUGCCAUAAGCAGCAAUUGGAAAGGAGAUGAGCGUGAGUUCCAGAGCACCGUGGAGCUGUCCCGUAUAAGGUCAUUGACGGUGUAUGGCAAGUACAGGCCAUUUUACAUUUCCAAUAAGAUGAGGUUUCUUCGGGUGCUGGACCUUGAAGAUACAAUAGGUCUCACUGAUCAUCACCUUGAGAUCAUUGGGAAGCUUAUUCAUCUCAGAUUCCUUUCUCUAAGAAGGUGUUUGGACAUCUCCUACCUUCCAGAUUCCGUGGGUAACCUGAGACAACUUGAGACACUAGACAUCAGAUAUACACGAAUAUUGGUGCUGCCCAAAACCAUCACCAAGCUGAGCAAGCUACGUUAUCUGCAUGCUGGCGUGAGUUAUGGUGUUAAGGUUCCAGUAGGGAUUAGGAAAGUGAAUACCCUGCACACGCUGCGGUAUGUGAACCUUUUGGAGGGGAAUGCCAUCAUGCAGGAGAUAAUAAGUCUAACCGGCUUGCGCAAGCUAGGAGUGUUUGGCAUCAACGCGAAAAAUGGUCCGGAGUUCUGUGUAGCCAUUUCUAGACUCAGCUGUCUUGAAUCUUUGUCAGUUCGGUCAGAAAAAAAGGAUUUACAUGACUGCUUGCAUGGUAUGUCUUGGCCUCCGGAAAAACUGCAGACCCUCAAACUGCGUGGCUGCCUAAAUGGUUUGCCAGAAUGGAUCAAGGGGCUUGAGAAUCUCGUGAAGCUCAAUCUAGAAUUGACCGGGCUACUAGGAGAUAGUGAAACCAUGCAAGUCAUUGGGAACCUACCAAACCUAUCCAUUCUUCGUUUGCUGGACCGUGGUAUUGAAGAACCUAUCAGUAUCACUUUCCAGGCUGGCCUUUUCAGAAGCCUCGUGGUAUUCUAUCUUGUUUGCAUGCAUGUGAAAAUCGAAUCACUGGAGUUUGAGCAGACAGCAAUGCCGAAACUUGAGGUGUUGAGCCUGCGACUAUUUGAUUCUGCAACGGGCAUUUCUGGGCUGGGAUUUCUCCCAAGCAUCAGGGAAGUACAGCUCAUUGUGGAGUUUUACUCAUUUCAUAUCCAAUGCACUGAAGAUAUAACACAUAGAGAAGCACACAAUGAAGCAAGGCGCAGGGAAUACACAGUCAAGGAGGACAUCAGGAAGCAGCUCACCAGCAAUAAAAAUGGUCCCACUUUGAAGGUGCAACAUAUGUGUCGUCGGGAACAAGAACAGAAGCAGUUUCUGUUAAAUUUUGUGCAAACAUAACUUCUGUCUCUUCCAGAAGCAUACGAGGACUUUUUAUGUGGUUAUGCUUCAAACCUUCUUUUUCGACGACAAAUGUAGUUGUUCAACCUCAACCUGUGCUUUGCAACUCACAGGGCGCAAGCAAGAGGAAGAUGAAGCAUUAGAAGGACAGGGACUUCAAGUUGCAGGUGUUGUCGUCUGGGUUAUCAAUUUCUCUUCUGUUUUCUAAGAUGGUUGUUUCCAUUUCUUUUAGCCUGUACCAUAGCAAGUGUGAAUGGUACAGUUUGUAGUGUCUGUUAGAUUUAAUCUUGAUUCAGUUAUCUGCAUGAGUGUUGUUUCCGUUUUGCAUGUAGUUUAGUUGAUCGAGUAGCUUGCCGAGCUGUUGUAGGUCGAUAGGAGUCUUGGUUCAUCAGGUGUGCAGGGUAGGCGAGAUGCCAGAGAUGGAUGGAAUCUUUGACAUGUCACGCUAUUGAAAGUAACAUGCUUGA